UUUCUUGGCUUCCCACGCUUUUUCGACAUCUUUGACCCCAACCAAGAAACGAACCUUCGUUCUACCAAUAAACUGAAAAAGCAAGCUAAAACACAACUACAGCUCCUUCUUCGUUAUCUUCUGCAAAUCCUUAUUCCUUACCAUUUAUUUAUAUAUGCAUACACACACACACAUACAUACUCAUGCACGAGAAGUGGAAAGUUAUCUCUCACGGAAGCGAUUUCUUCUUUCUCAGUAUAGGUAUUAGAUUCAUGGAUAGAGGCAUUGUAAUUGACCAUACCCAGUAAGAGCAAUACCAAGUAUUUUCCCAAAAGGGUCGUCAAACCAUGGUUCUUGGCAUAAGAUCAAAGAACCGGAAAAGUGUUCAAGUCCAAGCUGAUUACCUCAUCCAUGUCCAGGAGAUUAAGCCAUGGCCCUUGUCUCUGUCUCUGAAAUCGAUUCAAUCCGUGAUGCUUCAUUGGGAAAAUGGUGAUCAGGCUUCUGGGUCCUUCUCUUGUGCAGUUGGAGAUGGGAAGAUUGAGUUCAAUGAGUCUUUCAGGCUUCCAGUCUUGCUAUGUAAGGAAGCAUCAAGGAAAGGCCAGGCCCAUGACAGUUACCAGAAGAAUAACUUAGAAUUUUUCUUGUUUGAAUCUCGGAAGGACAAGGCAAUGAAAGGUCAACUCUUGGGAUCGGCUAUAAUAAAUCUUGCAGAUUGUGGAGUUAUCAGGGAAACCACAAUUUUAAGCACUCCAGUAAACUGCAAGAAGAGUUUUAAAAACUCGGGUCAACCACUCCUUUAUGUUAAUAUUCAACCAUUUGGUGAUAAUAGCUCCAGCUCUUCACCAAAAAGCAGCUUGUCAAAAGAAGCUUCGAUAGAAAUUGCUGAAAGUGACUCAAUGGUUGAAGAGAAUGAUGAAGAAGCUGAGAUAGCCUCUUUUACCGACGAAGACGAUGAUGAUGCUUCUUUACACUCAUCUCAUACUUUAAACUCCUCUGGUGUUGAGAGAACAGUCAGUUCAACAACAUAUAGUGUAAAGAUUCAGCCAGAAAUGUUGAAGGAUAAUGUUGAAAGGAAUUUAGGUGAGGGGGCUUCAAGAGCUGAGUCUGCAAGCUUAGUGUCAAGUAAUCUAGCUAAAAACUUCAACCCCCCAAAAAAAAAUUCUUCUACUUUGUCAUCAAUAGGCUACUCCUCCAAUGUCAGCGACUCUAUAAACGAUGGUGAUGCUUUUCCCUACAUUCCACAGGAUAGAUCUUCAAUGCCAGUUCUGAAAAAAUCUGUAACUCAUGGUGUGAGGCCUUCUUCUUCCUCUUCCAUAAAGUCUGAUAAUAGAAGGGCUGUUGACAGCAGAGGCCAAGCACCAGAAGAUUCUCAAGAGGCUACAAGAGACAAUGUUGUUGCUAACCUUAAAAGUAAAGUUGGAUCAUCAAGUAUGUAUAUUAAGGAGGCAAUGAAAGGAAACUAUACUGAUUCUCAAGCCACUCAGGAGGGUGACAGAAAAGUUUGGGGACAUACGAAAAAUGGCCAAGAGGAGACUACACCUGCAGAUUCUCUUCUUCGUUCUUCAGGGAACAAUGGAAACAAAGAGCACACGGAAGAACAUGGACGGAAAGAUUAUGUCUUUAAGGUGAAAGAACAUUCUUUUGAUGUCAAACAAAUUUCUAGGUUCUCAGAGGAUGUUAGUACAGUUGAUUCUUCUACAACCAGCAGUAGAGAUAUCGGAGUCCCUCAUAAUACUGUUAAAAAUAAUAAAUUAAAGCAUGUUAAGUCUGUGCAGUUACCUUAUGACACAGAUAAGAACAACAGAUCGUUAGAAAAUACUGAUUUUAUUGAAAAGCCAAACAGAACCGAAAUAAUCAAAGGUGCUCAAGAUAGUAGGAUGACUAAUGCUACAAGUGUAGAAAAAGAAGCUUCAAAUGGCUUUUCUGAUAACAAAGCUGAACUAGAGUCCCAAAUUAAUAUGCUCAAGGAAGAGUUAAGGGAAGCCGCAGCAGUUGAGGUUGGUCUUUAUUCAGUUGCCGCGGAGCAUGGAAGCUCGACAAAUAAAAUACAUGCACCUGCUCGGCGACUUUCUAGAUUCUAUCUUCAUGCUUGCAAAGCGGGUUUACAGGGUAGGAAGGAAAAUGCAGCUAGAGCUGCUAUUUCUGGAUUUAUUUUGGUUUCUAAAGCAUGUGGAAAUGAUGUUCCAAGGCUUACUUUUUGGUUAUCAAAUUCAAUCGUUUUAAGAGCUAUUGUAAGCCAGACUGUAGUAAAAGUACAACAUUCUGGUGGACCUUGCAUUAGUAGUAAUGGUGGUGGAAAGAGCUCAGUGAAGGAAUCACUGAAACAGAAUGACAACAAAGAAAGUUCUGAUAAUUGGGAUGACCCACAGACAUUUAUGAUUGCCUUGGAAAAGUUUGAAUCUUGGAUCUUCUCCCGAAUUGUAGAGUCUGUGUGGUGGCAGACUUUGACUCCACAUAUGCAUCCAGCAGCUACUAAGGGUUCCAGCUCAAAGAAAGUUUAUGGAAGAAAGUAUGGUUCUAGUAAUCAUGAGCAGGGUAAUUUCUCUAUCGACCUCUGGAAGAAGGCUUUCAAAGACGCUUGCCAAAGACUUUGUCCUGCUCGAGCUGGUGGACAUGAAUGUGGCUGCUUGCCCAUACUGCCUCGCUUGGUUAUGGAGCAGUUGGUGGAUAGACUAGAUGUGGCAAUGUUCAAUGCUAUUCUUCGUGAAAAUGCUGAAGAGAUGCCAACGGAUCCUGUAUCUGACCCAAUAAGUGAUUCCAAGGUUCUCCCCAUUCCAGCUGGAAGAUCAAGCUUUGGGGCUGGAGCACAGCUAAAAAAUGCAAUCGGGAGUUGGUCCAGGUGCCUCACUGAUACAUUUGACAUUGAUGAUGCUUCAGACGAUAAGGAGGUGCAUGAUAAUGAAGAAAGACCGGAGUUUCAGACAUCCUUCAAGGCAUUCCGUCUUCUCAAUUCUCUGAGUGACCUCAUGAUGAUUCCAUUUGAAAUGCUAGCAGAUAAGUCAAUUAGAAAAGAGAUAUGCCCUACACUUGGUGCACCAUUGAUCAAGAUGGUCCUCUACAAUUUUGUCCCAGAUGAGUUUUGUCCUGACCCCAUUCCUGAAGCAGUUUUUGAGGCUCUGGAUUCAGAGGAUAACUCCGAGAAUGAGGAAGAAUCUGUUACAAGUUUCCCAUUCACUGCAAAUCCUACGUUCUAUUCUCCACCUUCAGCUGCUUCACAAACAGGCAUCAUAGGCGAGAUAGGAAAUCAGACUCUACUGAGAAGUGGAUCAUCAGUGCUUAGAAAGUCAUACACUAGUGAUGAUGAGCUUGACGAGUUGGAUUCCCCCAUUGCUUCUAUCAUGAAAGAUAGUUUCCAGGAAAAAAGAAAGGGUGAUGUUCAAGUAGUCAGAUAUCAACUACUCCGAGAAGUAUGGAAAGACAGUGAAUGAUAAUAGCCAUUUCUCGCAUAGAUCAUUCAUGUGUUUCACGCAACUGUGGGAGGUCAGUUAAUCUGUUUCUUAUACAAAUUGUGUAUUUAUAGAACCACAAUUUUUUCAAUUGUCAGUUGGUUCAAAGCUGUGAAUAUCAAGUUUAAAUCUGGGUUUUUUUAUUGGCUGAAUAGUCGAACUUCUUGAGUCCUUUGAACUGUUUAUAAAUGUUAAUAUUUUUAUUUGUAGCAUACAUAAAGUAACUUGAUUUGAAGCAUUA